AUGGCCCUCCUCCGCCAGACUUGGACGCUGGUGCUCAAGAACUGGCUCAUCGUCCUCGGCCGCCACAGCUUCGCCACCGUCAUCCGCGCCUUUGUCCUGCCGAUUAUUCUGACGGCGUUCCUGAGCUUUGCGCGGAACCUGUUUGUGCCGUCGGCGACGUUCGGCAUCAGUGAUGUGCGUCCGGUGCGCUCGUUGGCGGAUGGGUUGAGCGUGGCGUCGGGGAGUGGUAGGGAUAAUGUGGUGUUUGUGAACAGCGGGUUUACGGGAGGUGAUAUUGGGCGGGUGGUGGACGAGUUGGCCAGGGUGGUGAGGGUGGAUGCUGGGAUGAUUGCAACCAUCGCGAAGAGCGAGGAUGAGGUGCCGCUUAUUUGUCGUGCUUCCCUCCGUGGUGUUACGCCGUGCGCUGCUGCCGUCAUUUUUCAUGGUUCCCCGACUGAGGGCGACGGCGGGUUGUGGAAUUACACCAUCCGCGCCGAUGCCUCUCUCGGCGCCGGCCGUAUUGACGCUGAGAAAGAUACCAACGACGCGCAGGUCUAUUUGCUGCCCUUGCAGCAUGCCAUCGACUCGGCCAUCUCCCGCCAAAACGGCCACGGGGAUGACGGGGCACAACCGCUUCCUAGUGCCAUGGACGAGUACCCCUUCACCUCGCUCACCAACGAGGAGCUCGCCGAUCGCGUCCGUGUCGUGUAUCAGGGCAUGAUCAUGAACUUCCUCGGUGUCGUCUUUAUUGUGACUAUCAUUGGUGUCGCUUACCACAUGGCUGGGUUCAUUGCGACGGAGCGGGAGUCGGGCAUGUCGACGCUGAUCGAGGCCAUGAUGGCUACCAAGAGCCGUUGGAAGCCCCAGUUUGCCCGCAUCAUUGCCUACCACUUCUCGUUCUCAGCCCUGUAUCUACCUGGCUGGGUCGUGUCGGCCCUGAUCCUGUGGUCUGGUGUCUUCGUUCACACGAGCGCUGCCAUCAUUUUCUUCUACUUCAUCCUAUCCGGCCUAGCCCUGGGCUCCAUGGCAAUCCUCGGCGCCUCCUUCUUCAAGAAGGCCCAGCUGAGUGGUGUGUUGAUCACCAUUGCCUUGAUUCUUCUGGCCAUUAUUGCGCAGACGAUCAGCUGGCCCAAGACCUCCGCCGUCGUCACGCUUAGCCUUCUCUUCACGCCCUGCAACUUCACUUUUUUCAUCUCCCUACUCGCCCGUUGGGAGCAGGAGGAAUGGCCGACCGACCUUGCCCAGUCACCCCCUAACAGCCCUUGGGAGCUGCCGGGCAUCGUCUUCUUCAUCUUUCUCGCCGUGCAGGUCAUCGUGUACCCGAUCCUCGGCGCCUUGGUCGAACGCUGGCUGCACGGCACUACCUCUAGCGGGCGCAACAUCAUCGUGGGCGAGAACCGCGGCGACCUUGGCCCGGACUGCGCCGUGCAACUCCAGGAGUUCACUAAAGUCUACCGCCCCGGCAUCCUGCGCCGCAUGUUCUCCUUCAUCGCAAAACCCAAGGAAGCAGUGGUCGCCGUCAACAAGCUCACCCUGAGCGCCACCCGCGGCCAGAUCCUCGCCCUGCUCGGCGCCAACGGCAGCGGAAAGAGCACCACGCUCGACACCAUCGCCGGCAUCAACAAGGCCACCAGCGGCGGCAUCACCAUCGACGGCACCGGCGGCCUGGGCAUCGCCCCGCAAAAGAACGUCCUCUGGGACGAGCUGACUGUCUUUGAACACAUCCGCAUCUUCAACAAGCUGAAGUCGCCGGACAAGUACGCCUCCAAGGAAGAGAUCCGCGAGCUGGUGCUGGCCGUCGACCUGGAAAAGAAGAUCAAGGCCCAGUCGCGCACUCUCUCGGGAGGGCAGAAGCGCAAGCUGCAGCUCGGGAUGAUGCUUACGGGUGGCAGCGCCGUGUGCUGCGUCGACGAGGUCUCUAGCGGCUUGGACCCCCUGAGCCGGAGGAAGAUCUGGGAUAUCUUGUUGGCUGAACGUGGGCGGCGCACCAUGAUCUUGACGACGCACUUCCUAGACGAGGCCGACCUGUUGGCCGACUACAUCGCUGUCAUGUCCAAGGGCAAUCUCCGCGCCAAGGGAACUUCUGUCGAGCUAAAGGACCGGCUGGGCGGCGGGUACAAGAUCCAUAUCAACAACGUCAAACUGAUCCCCCGUCUGCCGAAUAUUGCUGGUGUGAAGAAGAAGGCCACCCAUGAGGAGGCUGCGUAUAUUGCGUCGACGUCGGCGAUGGCCGCGACUGUGAUUAGGGAGCUUGAAGCGGCUGGCAUUACGGACUACCGGUUCUCGGGCCCCACGAUCGAGGAUGUCUUUUUACAGCUUGCCGACGAGGCCCACGGUGAUGGCUCGGGCCUUGACUCGCGCGGGAUCCUCAGCUCGUCUGACGAGAAGUAUGAAAAAGCCGGGGACGGCAACGAGCCGGAGAAGGGCCUCGAACUCAUGUCCGGGCAACCCGUUGGCUUCUUCAGGCAGAUCUGGGUGCUGUUCCUCAAGCGGUGUGUCAUCUUCAAGGGAAACUGGUUCCCAUCUGUUAUUGCGUUCAUCAUCCCCGUCAUCGCGGCCGGUUUAGUGAUGCUGUUCGUCCGGCACCAGCCGGCCCUCGGGUGCUCGCCUACGGAUCAGUCGACGAAGGAAACGGCCAUCAAUAUCUUUGACAGCGACUUUGAACUAUUCCUAGUCGGUGGUCCGGCAGGCAAGUUCUCGGAGGAUACCCUUCUGCGUUUGUUUGCACCCGUCUAUCUCGCCAUGCAGGGCGGCAGUGGAAACGCGUUGUCGGCGAGGGCCGCCUCGGGGCCCGCCGCCCUCUUUCAAAAUAUCACCCUUGUCAACUCGAUCGGCGAGUUCAACGACGCCGUCGUCCAGUACCGCAAGAAUAUCACGCCUGCCGGCAUCUGGCUCGGUGACGACCAUUCUCGUCCGACGCUCGCCUACAGAGGCAACGGGCCUGAGAUGAUCAACGCCUGGUUCGGCAAAUGGGCUAUGGACAUGCUCCUGACCAACACCAGCAUCGCGUCGAGCUACGUCUUUUUCGACAGGCCGUUUGCCCCGGAUGCUGGUAACUCGCUGCAGUUGGUGGUGUACAUUGGCCUGGCUCUGUGCGCCUACCCGGCCUUCUUCUCGCUGUACCCCAACUUGGAACGCCGCCGUCAAGUCCGCGGCUUGCAGUACUCGAACGGAGUCAAGCCGCUGCCGCUAUGGAUCGCUUACACGGGUUUCGACUUCGCCAUUGUGCUGGCCGGGGCGGUCAUCAGCAUCGCGCUGCUUGCUGGUCUUGCCCCCAACUUGUGGUUCCACAUUGGCUACGUCUUCUUAAUCUUCAUUCUACACGGCCUCGCGUCGAUCCUGCUGGCGUACAACGUCUCCCUGGUCGCUGCCAACCAGCUCUCGUCCUACGCGUUCACGGCCGCCUGGCAGGUCGUCUGGCUUCUCAUCUACCUGAUCUGCUACAUGGUCGUCAUCAUGUACGCGCCCGUCCACCGGAUCGACAGCUUCGUGCUCGUCGUGCACUUUGUUGUAUCAGCUUUCGCGCCCAUUAACUCGGUCAUCCGCGCGCUCUUUGUGGUGCUGAACCUAUUCUCCACGGCGUGCGACGGCCACGAGCUAUCCUCCAACCCGGGCAGCAUGACCCAAUACGGAGGCCCGAUCUUGUACCUCUUCAUCCAGAUCGCCCUCCUCUUCCUGGUCCUUGUCUGGGCCGACGGCGGCAACGCAGGCUUCAGCGUCCGGCGCAUGUUCAAGCGCUCCACGCCCCCCUCACACGACACCGCCGAGGAACGCGCCGCCAUCUCCGACGAAGAAAUCGCCAACGAGCUCGUCCGCGUCAAAUCCAACGCCACCGCCGACCCCAACAACCCCACAACCACCGGCCCAACCGACGGCCUCCGCGUCGUUAACCUCACCAAAACCUUCGGCACCAACACCGCCGUCGACAACGUCACCUUCGGCAUCCCCCACGGCGAGGUCUUCGCCCUACUCGGCCCCAACGGCGCCGGCAAAUCCACCACCAUCAGCGUCAUCCGCGGCGACCUCAAACCCUCCCCAGGAAGCGGCGACGUCUUCGUCGAAGCCGCCAGCAUCACGCGCCAGCUCACCACGGCCCGCUCCCACCUCGGCGUGUGCCCGCAAUUCGACGCCGUCGACGUCAUGACCGUCGAGGAACAUCUCCGCUUCUACGCGCGCGUGCGCGGCAUCCCCGACGUCGCGCACAACGUAUCCGCCGUCAUCCGCGCCGUCGGCCUCGCCGCCUUCCGCACCCGCCAGGCGCAUGCCCUCUCCGGCGGCAACAAGCGCAAGCUGUCACUCGGCAUCGCCCUCAUGGGCAACCCGACCGUGCUGCUGCUGGACGAGCCGUCGUCGGGGCUGGAUGCGGCCGCCAAGCGCGUCAUGUGGCGCACGCUGGCGGCCACGGUGCCCGGGAGGAGCCUGUUGCUGACGACGCAUAGCAUGGAGGAGGCGGAUGCGUUGGCGGGGAGGGCGGGGAUUCUGGCCAAGCGCAUGUUGGCGCUGGGUGGGGUCGAGCAGCUGAGGCAGCGGUUUGGGGACAGGUUGCACGUGCAUCUGGUGUGUAGGGGGGCGCCGCGCACGCCGGAGGAGGAUGUCGAGCGGGUGAGGCGGUGGGUGCUGGGGAAUUUGGAGGGCGCGGAUGUGGAGCCGAAGACGUAUCAUGGCCAGAUGCGCUUUACGGUGCCGCUUGCGGCGUUUGUGCCUGGUGGUGGUGAUAGCAAGGUGCCGGUGGUGGCGCGGGAUGAGAUUGGUAGGGCUGGUGCUGGUGCUGGUGCUGGGUCGGGGAGUGGGACGUCGUCGUCGGGGUCGGCGAUUGGUAAACUGGUCGUGCUGUUGGAGGAGAAUAGGGAGGCGCUGGGGAUUGACCACUACAGUGUCAGCCCGACGACGUUGGAUCAGGUUUUCCUCACGGUGGUGGGGGCGCAUAAUGUUAAGGAGGAGGGGUACCAGGAGGAGACGAAGAAGAAGACGUGGUGGCGGUUUGGGAAAUAG